GACGGUCUCCCCUCCCCGGAAAGGGCGGCCUCUCGGCGGCGGCGAGGCGAGGCGCGGGUCGUCAAGAUGGUGCGGAAGCUGAAGUACCACGAGCAGAAGCUGCUGCGGCGGCUAGAUCUGGUGAACUGGGAGGCGUCGGGGGGAAACCUAGCUGAGGUGAAGGCGCUGCGGCGGUACCGAGUGGGCCGGCGGGAGGAUUACGUGCUGUACAAGGCGCUGGCCCGCAGCGUCCGCACCUUAACUCGCCGUCUCCGCGACCUGGGGCCGUCCAGCGCCGCCUUCCGUACUCGCUGUGCUGCCGCGCUGCUGGAGAAGCUCUACGGCCUGGGCCUAGUGAGCUCCCGGCGGUCGCUGGCUGUCUGCGAGAGCCUCUCGGCCUCCGCCUUCUGCCGCCGGCGCUUGCCUUGCCUGCUGGUGAAGCUGCGGAUGGCACAGAAUCUGCGCCACGCCGUCACCUUUGUGGAGCAGGGCCACGUCCGCGUGGGGCCCGAGGUGGUGACCGACCCCGCUCUCCUCGUCCCCCGCGCCGUGGAGGACUUCAUCACCUGGGUGGACGCCUCUCGCCUUCGGCAGAAGGUGCUGGACUACAACGAGGAACGGGACGACUUCGACCUGGCCGCCUAGGGUUGGGCUGCCUGCCAUGCUUCUGCUGCCCGGACUCAUCUCUGCCCCUUGGGACAUACAUGGGAAUCAACACACAGCAGUGGAACCAAAGAAGUGCAGCCAUCAGAUACUGAAAUCCACCCAAACGCACCAGAAAGAGGAGCUAGGAGAUGUAUUCGCCUUUAGACACAUACUGCUCUGGUCCUAGCACCACAGCAUUAUAAUGGCUCCGUAAAUCCACACAGAGAAAUGUCCUUUCCACAUCUGUUGCUCCAAGAAAACAUUAAAAAGCCUGGCUCCAUUGUACUUGCUUCUGGUAAAGCAGAAGUGCUUCAGUAGGGUCUCUGAUUGCAGGAGAGGAUGC